GAUAAGGCACUAAUAUAAUAGUUUUAUUUACUUUUCUGAAAUAAAAUGGCAGUGGAAGCCGUAAAAACUGAGUUGCUUGAUCUGGAAAACAAGAUAACUAACCAUCCUGCGUAUGGAAAUUCAUACACUUGGUCGCCUAGAGAUUUUGAAUUGGGUUCAGCCCUUGGCCGUGGAAAGUUUGGACAUGUACACAUAGCCAGAGAGAAGAAAACAGGCUUCCUUGUUGCUAUUAAAACUAUGUUCAAGUCUCAAAUAAUGAAAUCGCAUUGUGAGAAACAAAUACUACGGGAAAUUGAGAUUCAAUCUCAUUUGAAACAUCCAAACAUUCUCCGGUUGCUGACAUGGUUCCAUGAUGAGAGGCGCAUUUACCUGGUGGUGGAGUUUGCAGCAGGUGGCGAGCUAUACAAACACCUCACUGAUGCACCUAAGAAGCGUUUUCCAGAAGCUAAAGCUGCCAAGUAUAUUUAUCAGGUGGCAGAUGCAGUGGAGUACUGUCACCAGAACCAUGUGAUACACAGAGACAUCAAGCCUGAAAACAUUCUAGUUUCCUUCAGUGGGGACCUCAAACUAGCAGACUUUGGCUGGUCAGUGCAUGCACCAUCACAAAGGCGUAAAACAAUGUGUGGUACCCUUGACUACCUUCCACCAGAAAUGAUCAAGCGGGAAGUGUAUGAUGUGUCUGUUGAUCACUGGUGCAUUGGAGUGCUACUGUACGAGUUCCUAGUGGGCAAACCUCCAUUCGAAAGCCAGACUCAGGAUCAGACGUAUGCGAGAAUCCUGUCUCUGGACAUUAAAUAUCCAGAUCAUGUGCCUGAAGGAGCUAAAGAUCUUAUAUCAAAAUUGCUACGGCAUUCAAACAAGGACAGAUUGUCUCUAAAUGCAGUGAAAAAACACCCUUGGGUGCAGAAGUUCCGGACCGAGGCAUCAUCAACAUCAUAGUAUUUGCCUGUUAGUACCUAUUCUUUAUUUGUGUUGAUUCUUGUUUUAAUAUAAUGAUAGCUAAAUAUAAUGAAAUGAUAACAAUUUUUUCUAACAUUUUCUUCCGUGAUAUACAAGUGUAUAAGUACAUAAUUUAAAAAGAAAAAACAAA